AUGACGACGAGACGGAUAAUCGGGCAGGAUGGGGAGGAGAAGACGUAUCUCGAUGUCGACCCCAGAGGUCCCCCUGGGCCGUCGAAUAUCUCGCCUGCGGUGCCCGCCUCCGUUAUUUGGAAGCUCAUGAGCUUUACGUUCGCCAUGAUUACGCUGCCUAUUGGCACGUACUUCUUCACUGUCAACUAUGUUUUCGGAGGCAAUGCAACGUAUGCAGGUGCACUGGCAGCAAUCAUGGCAAACGUAGUCUUGAUUGCCUACGUGAUUAUGGCGUUCAAAGACGACCAGGCAGAGCAGGCAGAAGACGCAAGAGAGGCGAAGAAAGAAUUGUAG